AUGACCGACGCCGACCCUACACCUCCUCCAUUACAGCCUCCUCUUCAAAACACUUCGUCACCGCGGGACAGGGAGCCGGAUGCCGCCGACUUGGAGAGGUACCGGCAAUGGUGGGAGGAGCGCAAGGCCAGGAAGGUGCGCGGGCAGUACGAGACUGUGCUAAUGAAUUUUAACGCCGCUGCGGUAGGUCAAUGGAACCUCUCUUCUUCCCUGAAUAUAGCGUCCGUACGUGUCCGCGGCGCCGUGCGGACCCGCGAGUCUUUCUUAGGCUCUCUUAUUCACCCCAUCAUUCACUCGCCGGCCGAAGGAGAUGACACGCUGGAGAACGUGCUGCGUAAAACGAAGAAAAUCAAGGAGGUGCUGGAAGAAACCGACCUCUUCAGCCACGUUGAGGCCGUCAUCGACAGGAGUCGCGACGCGCUCGCGCACGCGGACGACGUGGACGUGGUGUUCCUCACGAAGGAGAAGGGAAGGUACUAUCUCAACACGAGCACGCAGGUCGGGAACAACGAGGGGGGUGCGAGCGCAACAUGUCGAAUCCGCAACGCUUUCGGUGGUGCGGAGACCUUCGAAGCCAAUGUGUCGUUCGCAACCAAGACACGGAUGUCGUUCAAUGGUUCCCUCAGUGCCCCCCUAACCUCGACGCUGAAAACUCGUGGGGAAGUCUCUGUCUUUGGCUUGGAGCGCGACAAUUCGAGUUUCGCGAGCAGCUCGGAGGGCAUCCGUGGUGUGCGAGCAGUAGUCAGGACAAAUGCUCUGACAGAAGGCACACAUGAGUUUGGAUAUGAGGCUGUCUUGAGACAUGUAGGCAACCUCACCCCGUCUGCGUCUGUCAGCAUGCGCGAAGCCGCGGGGCAGUCGGUCAAGUCCUCCGUAUACCACUCCUGGACACGCGAUACCCGUGACGAACGAUUGCUUGGUACCCGCGGCUCAUACGUCAAGUUCUUCCAUGAGCUCGCCGGUGCAGGUGGAGACACUUCUUUCUACAAGACCGAAAUGCAGGGACAGCUCGCACGCUCGCUGCUACCUGGAGUAACCCUCUCGUUCGCCGCACGGUCCGGUGCUCUUUGGCACUUCGGUGGCAAGUCAUGCUUCUCGGACCGCUUCCAGCUUGGAGGGCCGGUUAGCGUGCGAAUGUUCAAGCAUAAUGGAAUGGGUCCUCAUGAUGGAGCUGAUUCGCUUGGGGGGAACUUGUUCUGGUCCGCUGGAGCUACGCAUUCCUUAUUGGAUAAUGUGGUCUCAAGCAUAUCGAAGCCGUCCAUCUCCGCCGGGGUCAACUUCGGCAUCCCUCUUGUAGCGAGCAAGAGCGACGGCGGCCGUAAAGGCUUCCAGGUCGGCAUCGGCCUCGACUUCCUCUGA